AUGACAGACAUGGGAAUCCGACAUUUGAGAUUGAAGACUACAAUUAUGCUACCUGAUAGUCCAUCACCUCGUGCUGCUCUUGCGCUAUCAGAUCUUCAACCUCAAACUGGUGCUUCAACGUUUGCCGUUGGUACUGGAUCUGGUAACUGGUCAACACACGGUGUUGGCGGUGUUGGCGGUGUUGGCGGCGACUCGUUCUUGGAUAAAAACAGCAACGGAGGAGGACUUCUCGGUAACAAUAGACAAAAUAUCGCCUACGUUGUCUAUCUGAAACUCUUCCUUCACUUAGGACUCACUGGUAGUGGGGAUGAUAAAUGUUUAACUGGUUGUAUUGACUAUGUGACGGAGAAGUGCCCGCAUAAACUCGAAAAAUUCGACGCGAUUCAGGAUAAGAAGCUUUUUUCAGAUAAUAAGGUGAAAAAGGCAGAUAUUUUACGAAAAUUGCUCCAAUCAUCUAACCAAAAUCCUGAGGGGAUAAAAUUUAAGCGAAUAGAUGAGAUUUCAAACUGGCUGACAGUUGUUGUGCUAAGUAGUGAUCGGAAACUCCUGAAUCAGGAGUAUCCGAUAAACGAGGUCACGGAUGCCGAUCUUACUGUCGAGUGUGGAGUCGAGAAAUCUCGUCCGCCUUAUUCACCUUGUCUUGCGCGCAAGGUUGUCGACGACGUUUUCAGAUCAUGCUGCCAACAACAUGUUCCUGAAACUUGCCACCAGCUGUGUACGUACGAACAUAGGGAACACGUUGCUGCCGAGACGCUCAUUGCAGCUGUACAGCAAGGCGGAUGUGACCUUAAGGUUGGACUUCUUUUUUGUGUGAUUGUAUUCUCGAUUACGGUAGCCACAACACUGCGUCUAUGUUUACAGUAUCUGGCUCCUAUACUUUACUGUGCAAAUCAAAAUCGCGACAAUCGUAAAUGUUGCGAGUUCCUCGGAAUGGCAAGUUCCGAACUCGGCGUUGGCGAUCGAUGCCUUCGUAUGUGCAACGUUGCACCAUCGGGCGAUCGUGUUGGCACCGUUGAGAAAUCAGACCUCGUCUGUCUGUCCAAUUGGAAUGUCAUGAUGUACUGCGCUCGUUCUGGACUUCGCACCUUCAAUUAA